AUUGUGGCCAUCAAGUUUAGUUCACAACGCCAUCAAAGACACACGUACCCUUUUGUCCUUUCCUUAUUUCACUUCAUAUAUCUAUCUAUAAUUCUAUAUAUCUAUCUUUCUAUCUAUGUCAAUGUUAAUGUUAAGGUGGCCUUUCGUAUUCAUAAUAUAAACAGUAGAGUAGUCUGUCUCAUGCACCCCUUUUUCAAUUCACACACCCUUCUCCUUAGCUUCUUCUCUUUCAACUCUCAAUCUUCUCAAUGAUUUAAUCAUUUCUUAAGUCCCUCUCUUUUUGUCACAUGUAAUUUCCCUUCUCUCCCCCAUUUUCUUUUUCUUCCUUAUCAGUUAUGUACAUGUGAAUCUCGAAUCUACCCGCUACUUUGUUAAAAAGUUUUAUCACUUUUUUCUUCUUCUUCAUAUUCUCACACCACACAGCACAAAAUAAAGGAGAAGAGAGAGAGAUAAAACCACUGGUUCUUAAAUCUCUCUCUGUGUCAUAACGAUCAGAUAGCGAAUUUCCACUGCUCAAUCAUGUACUCAGUUCAAUUCCCUAUUAUUUCUAUUUAAUUCUUAUUCAGCUACCAUUUCCCAAAAGAAAAAAAACAGAGGAAGAGAAAAACAGGGCUCCUAUUUCAGCUGCAAAGGUACAAGGGAGCUCCGAGCUCGAAAUCUCAACAUAGGAUAGGUGUCUUGUGUAAUUGUGUUGAGUGUGUGACAAAAAAACCAAAUAGAACAUGAGAGAUACCAACAUCCUUGUGGUUGGUCAAGACGGGAUUUUGCGGCCGUUGAUGAAGACCGCGACGAGAUCCACGACGGUUCUAGUGUUCUCUAUGCUCUUCAUAUUCGGCGCGUUGGUAUACACGCUCCUUCUCCCCUCGCAUCAGUUAAUUUUUGGAGGCACACCUUCCAAAUCAAUACUAGCCACAACAGAAAACAACAAUGUGCCCAAAAUGCCCCCAAAGCAAAUAGAGAUUCCACUAAACUGCACUGCAUACAAUCUAAACAAAACAUGCUCCAACCAUGAAGAAAUCCCAGCCGACAAUCAAGACCGUUUACCAAGUUCCACGUGUCCAGAUUACUUCCGUUGGAUCCACGAGGAUCUAAGACCAUGGGCCCACACAGGCAUAACAAAGGAGAUGGUAGACAAGGCUAGAAAAACAGCAAAUUUCAAAUUGGUGAUUCUUAAAGGGAAGGCUUAUUUGGAGACUUAUGCAAAAGCGUUUCAGACAAGAGAUGUUUUUACAAAGUGGGGGAUAUUGCAGUUGUUAAGGAGGUAUCCUGGGAUGUUGCCAGAUAUGGAGUUCAUGUUUGAUUGUGUUGAUUGGCCUGUCAUUUUGGCUGAACGUUAUGGUGGUUCUAAUUCUAAUAAUGCUAGCAAUGUUCCUCCACCACUCUUCAAUGGUUUGCAAUGCUAAAGGAAGAGAAAGACAAUUCAUGAUGGAAUCAAUGGUGAAGGGUCCUGCAAUCACCAACCCUUGCACCAUGCCCCCACCUUUUGACCCUCCAUCUUUGCAUGAAAACUUGAGGAGAAAAGAAAGUUUAAUUCAACAAGUGGAUUCAUGGGAGAAGAGUUAUUGGGGGAAACCAAAAUAAUAAAUCUUGAUGUAUAUCAAUUCUUUUUUUGCCAAUUGAAUUCUAAGGCAUAUAGUUUUAGAUUAUAUAUGUAUUAUUUUUUCUCCCAUAUAUUAGCAUCCUCUUUUGGCAGGUAUAAAUAGAAGGGCAAUUUACCAAAUAAAUAAAGUAGAUAAAAUCUUUACUCAAAUACACAAAACAGAAACAUGUUAUGUGUAUGUGCAAUUUUUUAUUUCUA